AUGGCAGCUUUUCACUACCACCAUCACCAUCACCAUUACCCCCACUCGGACCUGCGGAGGCUCUUCCAUCGGCUCACCAUCGCGUCCUCUCUGAGCAUUCUCUGCUUCUCCCUGGUUUACCUCCUCACCGGCUGCUGCGAGUCGGAGCUGUCAGAAAACACUGACAUCAAGCCACCCACGCGCGAGUUCCUCGUGUCAGGAUGGCAGUACGAGAGAAACGGAACCAGUGUCGAGAGGGAGGUCACCACCGCGCUUGGCGAGGACGCGUUCAGCGGUCACCCCGGGCUGGAGGCGAACAGCUCGGGGAAGGAAUGGACAGCUACUCGGAGGUUACCCCAGGCUCUGAUCAUAGGGGUUAAAAAGGGGGGCACGAGGGCUCUGCUGGAGUUUCUGCGGCUCCACCCGGACAUCCGUGCUCUUGGGUCGGAGCCGCACUUCUUUGAUCGGCAUUACGCACGGGGACUGGACUGGUACAGAAGUAUGAUGCCCAAGGCCCUGGACGGUCAGAUUGUGAUGGAGAAAACGCCUCGUUACUUUGUCACCGUGGAAACGCCAGCACGAGUCCAUGCCAUGUCGAAGGAUGUGAAGCUGAUCGUGGUUGUCCGUGACCCCGUGACCAGAGCCAUAUCUGACUACACACAGAUCAUCUCCAAGACCCCCGACAUCCCCCCCUUCGAGAGCCUGGCCUUCAAGAACCGCACUAACGGUGAGAUCGACUCUCUGUGGAGCCCGCUGUGGAUCGGUCUGUACGCCCAGCACCUGGAGCGCUGGCUGGCCUGGUUCCCCAGGACCCAGAUCCAUCUGGUCAGCGGGGAGAGGCUCAUCUCUGACCCGGCCGGAGAACUGGGCAAGGUCCAAGACUUUCUGGGUCUCCAGAGGAUUGUCACAGACAAGCACUUCUACUUUAACAAAACCAAAGGCUUCCCCUGCCUGAAGAAGCCGGAGGGCAGCAGUAAACCUCACUGCCUGGGGAAGACUAAAGGGAGGAUGCACGCCUCCAUCGACCGGGAGGUGCUGCAGAGACUUAGGGAGUUCUACAAACCCCACAACCAGCGCUUCUAUCAGAUGGCCGGUCAGGACUUUGGAUGGCAGUGA